CUCGGAUAGGCCCAAAGCGAGGCUGAGACUCCGACGGUGGCCGGCGGGGCUCUCGAGGCUUCGGAGCGGAGGGUCGGGUUUGCAGCGUGGGACGCGGCAGCCGCAGUGCCGGGGAGUAGCGGAGCGGCUGGGCCCCAGGGACAUGGCGGCGGUCUCCGCGGUGUCGGCACUGCUGGCGGCGGCGGCGGAGAGGAACCGGUGGCAGCGUCUCCCGAGCCUGCUCCUGCCGCCGAGGACAUGGGUGUGGAGGCAAAGAACCAUGAAGUACGCAACAACCACAGGAAGAAACAUUACAAAGGUCCUCAUUGCAAACAGAGGAGAAAUUGCCUGCAGGGUGAUGCGCACAGCCAGAAAACUGGGUGUACAGUCCGUGGCGGUUUAUAGUGAGGCUGACAGGAAUUCCAUGCAUGUAGAUAUGGCAGACGAAGCAUAUUCCAUUGGCCCUGCCCCCCUCCAGCAGAGCUACCUUUCUAUGGAGAAAAUCAUUCAAGUGGCGAAGACCUCUGCUGCACAGGCUAUCCAUCCAGGAUAUGGCUUUCUUUCAGAAAAUAUGGAAUUUGCUGAACUUUGUAAGGAAGAAGGAAUUAUUUUUAUAGGUCCUCCUCCAUCGGCAAUUAGAGACAUGGGUAUAAAGAGCACAUCCAAAUCCAUAAUGGCUGCUGCUGGAGUACCUAUUGUGGAGGGUUAUCAUGGUGAGGACCAAUCAGACCAGUGCCUGAAGGAACAUGCUGGGAGAAUUGGCUAUCCUGUCAUGAUUAAAGCUGUCCGGGGUGGAGGAGGAAAAGGAAUGAGGAUCGUUAGAUCAGAGCAAGAAUUUCAAGAACAGUUAGAAUCGGCACGAAGAGAAGCCAAGAAGUCUUUCAGUGACGAUGCUGUGCUGAUCGAGAAGUUUGUAGACACACCGAGGCAUGUAGAAGUCCAGGUGUUUGGGGAUCACCAUGGCAAUGCUGUGUACUUGUUUGAAAGAGACUGUAGUGUGCAGAGGCGACAUCAGAAGAUCAUCGAGGAGGCCCCAGCGCCUGGCAUUAAACCUGAAGUAAGAAAACAGCUUGGAGAAGCUGCAGUCAGAGCUGCUAAAGCUGUAAAUUAUGUUGGAGCAGGGACUGUGGAGUUUAUUAUGGACUCGAAACAUAAUUUCUAUUUCAUGGAGAUGAAUACAAGGCUGCAAGUGGAACACCCUGUUACAGAGAUGAUCACAGGAACUGACUUGGUGGAGUGGCAGCUUAGAAUUGCAGCAGGAGAAAUGAUUCCUUUGAGCCAGGAAGAAAUACCUCUGCAGGGCCAUGCCUUCGAAGCUAGAAUAUACGCAGAAGAUCCUAGCCGUAACUUCCUGCCUGGGACUGGACCACUGGUGCACCUCUCUACCCCGCCAGCAGACCCUUGCACUAGGAUUGAGACUGGAGUACGGCAAGGAGAUGAAGUUUCUGUGCAUUAUGACCCCAUGAUUGCGAAGCUGGUCGUGUGGGCGGCAGAUCGCCAGGCGGCGUUGACAAAACUGAGGUACAGCCUUCAUCAGUACCAUAUUGUUGGACUGCACACCAAUAUCAACUUCUUACUUAACCUCUCUGGCCACCCAGAGUUUGAAGCUGGGAACGUGCACACUGACUUCAUCCCUCAGCACCACAAAGAGCUGCUGCCCAGUUGGAAGGCUGCAGCCAAAGAGACUUUAUGCCAGGCAGCCCUGGGCCUCAUCCUCAAGGAGAAGGCCAUGACCGACGCCUUCACUCUCCAGACACAUGAUCGGUUCUCUCCAUUUUCAUCUAGCAGUGGAAGAAGACUGAAUAUCUCUUAUACCAGAAACAUGACUCUUAAAGACGGCAAAAACAAUAUAGCCAUCGCUGUAACAUAUAACCAUGAUGGGUCUUACAACAUGCAGAUUGAAGAUAAAACUUUUCAAGUCCUUGGUGAUAUUUACAGCAAGGGAGACUGCACUUACCUGAAAUGUUCUGUUAAUGGAGUUGCUAGUACGGUUAAGCUGAUUAUCCUGGAAAACACUCUUUACCUAUUUUCCAAGGAAGGAAAUAUUGAAAUUGACAUUCCAGUCCCCAAAUACUUAUCUUCUGUGGGCUCAGAAGGAACUCAGGGAGGCCCCUUAGCUCCUAUGACUGGAACCAUUGAAAAGGUGUUUGUCAAAGCUGGAGACAAAGUGAAAGCUGGAGAUUCCCUAAUGGUUAUGAUCGCCAUGAAGAUGGAGCAUACCAUAAAGGCUCCAAAGGAUGGUACAGUAAAGAAAGUGUUCUACAGAGAAGGUGCUCAGGCCAGCAGACACACUCCAUUAGUCGAGUUUGAGGAGGAAGAACCGGACAAAAGGAACUCGGAAUAAACUCCUGCAAGGAAAUGGGUCUCACUCUGUCGCCCAGCCUGGAGUGCAGUGCUGUGAUCAUGGCUCACUGUAACCUCCGCCUCCUGGGUUAGCGAUCCUCCCACCGGAGCCUCUCUAGUGAUUAGGACUUCUACAGGUAUACACCACCACACCAGCUAAUUUUUUCAUUUUUUUGUGUAGAUGAGGUUUUGCCACAUAGCCCAGGCUGGUCUCAAACCCUUGGGCUCAAGUGAUCCACCUACCUCGGCCUCCCAAAGUGCUGGGAUUACAGGAAUGUGCCCUUGUGCCCAGCCCUCCAUUUUUUAAGCCUAGAACAUUCACACUGGGUCAAUAUCCCAAGUUUGUGACCCUAAACAGGGUCCUGAAGGAGAGGAUACUGAUGGAUAUGUGUCAUGUUUUGUGGCACUCAGUAUGAGCAAUUGAAAACCCUUGCUGUGAGACAAGGCACUGAGUAGAUGGAGAGAAGACACAAAAACGGGGCUGAAGCAGGAAAAAGCUGGAAACCUUACACAAGGCCAAGCACACCUGGAUCAUUCCUGGCCCCAAGAGCUCUGGGGGAAUGGGUGAGUUGAACUGGCCAGGAGCAACCCACUCUCACCAUGGGCCUCAGGAUCCCUGGCAGGAGAAGGCCCCUCGACCACUACAGACACUCAAUUUGGCAGGGUGAGGUGCUUAGAGAAGUGGUAGGGGCAGCACACAUGCUGAUGUGGAGCCCAGAGGGUUUCAUAUGGAAGCAUCUGUAGCACAGCACGGCCAGGAAUGUCCAUCCCCCUAGAUUCAACUUGCUCCUAUAGGAGACUUUUGCUUUAGGGGAACUGAUGGACAUGAAUUCUGCAGGGUGGUCUUGUCCAUUAGACAGGGCCAGUUGGCCCUGGGCACCCCUUGGUCUGCUGGCACUGUCUGAUGGGCCCCAGCCUGGCCGGCUUGCAAGUCAGCUUCAGGUGCCGAGGGCCAACACCAUAGCUUCCGUUCUGGUGGACUGUGCUUGACUGGUGGAGAGCUGCAGAGGGGUGGUCCCUACAGCCACACACCAGCCCACACACUCCCUCCCCAAACUGCAGCUUCCCCAGGGUCCACAGCAGCUCCCACAUCGCUUUGCUGGCCCAUGUCUGCACGGGGGGUUUUUCAUUCCUUGCCCUGCCAGCAUGGGAGUGCAGCCACCUCCCAAUCCCCAACUGAUCACCAUUGCAGACAGAGCCUUGGCAAACACAGAGCCAGCCAGCUUGGCCCCUGUCAGCACCACACCCUUGCACUAACACUGUGCAGAGAACAGCAGAUCGUCCUCCACCCUAAGUGACCACUCUUGUUUGUGGGGCACAGAGAAGGUACCCAGAUCUGUACCUGCCAGCACCCUGCCCCAGAGCUGACACCACCUCCAGCACAGACACAGUCACCAGCGGAGGCCCUCUGCACAUCCCCAGCUGUGUAGCCUCCACCACUGUGGUGACUGCCUGCAGGGAGGCAGACACCUGACACCUGCUAGAUCUCUACCACAGCUGCCACUACCACUGCUACUGGCGUGUGCAAAUGAGGAUGGAUCUGCUGUCACUGCACUAUUAAACGCUUUGGCUGACACCAUCCAUCAGAGUGUAGUGACCAUCAGUUCAUGAGCACCUCGCCCCAUAGCCACCUCCCCACUCCCCGUCCCCCACAACAGUGCAGUGGAUUCCUAACCUUGAAGCCAGAGAACAAAGUCAGGGCCCAAUAGAAGUCUCCCAGAGUUAGAGCAUGCAGUCUGGGAGUUGGGAGCUGAGCACUGGGCCCCUAAUCUUCCAGAAACAAAGCCAGUCAGCUGAAUCCACCUUAUACCACAGUCACUUCCUCCAGGUCGUCAAAUAGAAUAAAAGAAAAAAACACCCAAAGGUCAGCAGCCUCAAAGAUUGAAUGAAGAUAAGGCCACAAAUAUGAGAAAGAAUUAGUGCAGGAAUCCUGACAGCUCAAAGAGCCAGAGUACUUCCUUUCCUCCAAAUGACAGCAUCCCCUCUCCAGCAAGGGUUCUAAACAAGGCUGAGAUGGUAGAAAUGUCAGAAAUAGGAUUCAGAAUAUGGAUAGGAAUGACGAUCAUUGAGCUGCAGGAAUAUGUUGAAACCCAAUCCAAGAAAGCUAAAAAUCAUAAUAAAACAAUGCAGGAACUGACAGACAAAAUAGCCAGUAUAGAAAAGAAUAUAACUGAUCGGAUAGAGCUGAAAAACAUACUACAGGAAUUUCAUAAUGCAAUCACAAGUAUUAAUAGCAGAAUAGACCAAGCAGAGGAAAGAAUCUCAGAGCUUGAAGGCUGGCUUUCUGAAAUAAGACAGUCAGACAAGAAUAGAGAAGCAUGAAUGAAAAGGAAUAAACAAAAACUCUGAUAAAUAUAAGAUUAUGUAAAAGUGACCAAAUCUAUGACUCAUUGCUGUCCUUGAAAGAGAUGGGGAGAAUGCAAACAACUUGGAAAACAUAUUUCAAGAUCUCAUCCAUGAGAACUUUCCCAACCCAGCUAGAUAUUACUACUGACCCCAUAAAAGUACAAGUAACCAUCAGAAAACAUUAUGAACACCUCUUUGCACAUAAACUACAAAAUCUAGAAGAAACGGAUAAAUUCCUGGACACAUAUACCUUCCCAAGACUGAACCAGGAAGAAACUGAAUCCCUGAGCAGACCAAUAACAAGCUCUGAAAUUGAGUCAGUAAUGAAUAGCCUACCAACAUUCAAAUUUAGGAAAUGUGGAGAAUCCCAGUAAGAUACUUCACAAGAAGUUCAUCCUGAAGACACAUAUAAUCAUCAGAUUCUCCAAGGCUGGAAUGAAAGAAAAAAAUGUUAAAGGCUGGUAGAGAGAAAGACCCAGGUCAACAACAAGGGAACUCUAUCAGACUAAUAGUAGACCUCUCAGCAGAAAUCUUACAAGCCAGAAGAGAUUUGGGGGGAGCCAAUAUUCAAUAUUCUUAAAGAAAUUUCAACCCAGAGUUUCAUAUCUGGCUAAACUAGGCUUCAUAAGCAAAGGAGAAAUAAGAGCCUUUUCAGACAUGCAAAUGCUGAGGGAAUUUGUUACCACUAGACCUGCCUUACAAGAGCUCCUGAAAGAAGCACUAAAUAUGGAAAGGAAAGACCAUUACCAGCCACUUCAAAAACACACUGAAGGACACAGACCAGUGACACUAUAAAGCAAUCAUGUAAACAAGUCUACAAAAUAGCCAGCUAACAUCAUGAUAACAGAAUCAAAUCCACACAUAUCAGUAUCAACCUUGAAUGUAGAUGAGCCAAAUGUCCCAAUUAAAAGGUACAAAGUGGCAAGCUGGGUAAAGAAUCAAGACUCAUUGAUGUGCUGUCUUCAAGAGACCCAUCUCACAUGUAAUGAUGCUCACAGGCUCAAAAUAAGAGGAUGUGGAAAACAAGCAAGUGGAAAACAGAAAAAAGCAGGGGUUGCAAUCCUAGUUUCAGACAAAACAGACAUUAAACCAAGGAAGGUCAAAAAAGACAAGGACAUUACAUAACGGUAAAAGGUUAAAUUCAACAGGGAAAUCUAACUAUCCUAAAUAUAUAUGAACCCAACACAGUAGCUCCCUGAUUCAUAAAACAAGUACUUAGAGGCUUUCAAAGAGCCUUAAACUUCCACAUAAUAAUAGUGGGAGACUAUAAAUCCUGCUGACAAUAUUAGACAGAUCAUUGAGACAGAAAAUUAACAGAUAUUUAGGACCUGAACUUGGCGGUGGAUCAAAGGGAGUUGAUAGACAUCUACAGAACUCUCUACCCAAAAACAACCAAAUAUACAUUCUUCUCAUCACCACAUGGCAAAAGAACUGAAAUCGUAAUAACCAAUUUCUCAGGUCACAGUGCAAUUGAAUUAGAAAUCAAGGCUAAGAAAUUCACUCAAAACCAUGCAAUUCCAUGGUAUUUGAAUAACCUGCACCUGAAUGACUUUUGGGUAAAGAAUGAAAUUAAGGCAGAAAUUGGCCGGGCACAGUGGCUCACGCCUAUAAUCCCAGCACUUUGGGAGGUCGAGGUGGGUGGAUCAUGAGGUCAAGAGAUUGAGACCAUCCUGGUCAACGAGGUGAAACCCCGUCUCUACUAAAAAUACAAAAAUUAGCUGGGCAUGGUGGCGUGUACCUGUAGUCCCGGCUACUCGGGAGGCUGAGGCAGGAGAAUUGCUUGAACCCAGGAGGCAGAGGUUGCGGUGAGCCGAGAUCGUGCCAUUGCACUCCAGUCUGGGUAACAACAGUGAAACUCUGUCUCAAAAAAAAAAAAAAAAUUAAGGCAGAAAUCAAGAAGUUAUUUGAAACUAAUGAGAACAAAGAUACAUCAGAAUCUCUGAGGCACAGCAAAGACAGUGUUAAGAGGGAAAUGUAUAGAACUACAUGCCUAUAUAAGGCUGAGCAUGGUGGCUUACACUUACAAUCCCAGCACUUUGGGAGGCUGAGGCAGAGAGAUCACUUGAGCUCAAGACCAGCCUGGCCAACAUGGUGAACACUGUCUCUGCUAAAAAUACAAAAAAAUAGCCAGGCAUGGUGGUGUGCACAUGUAGUCCCAGCUAAUCGAGAGGCUGAGGCAGAAGAAUCACUUGAACCUGGGAGGUGGAGGUUGCAGUGAGCUAAGGUCAUGCCACUGCACUCCAGCCUGGGCAACAAAGUGAGACUCCAUCUCAAAAAAAAAAAAAAAAAUAGGAAUUAAAUGCCCAUAUCAAAAAGUUAGAAAAAUCUCAAUUUGAUGACCUAACAACACAGCUAAAAGAAUUAGAGACCAAGAGCACAGCAAUCCUAAAGCUAGCAGAAAACUAAGAACCAAAAUCAGAGCUGAACUGAAAGAGAUUCAGACAUGGAAAACUGCUCAAAAGAUAAUUAAUCCAGGAGAUUUUUUUUAAAAUAGACUACUAGCUAGACUAAUAAAGAAGAAAGAAUAAAUAAAGAGAGAAGAUUCAAAUAAACACAGUCAGAGCCGAGCAUGAUGGCUCAUGCUUGCAGUCCCAGCACUUUGGGAAGUCAAGGUAGGCAGAUAACUUGAGAUCAGGAGUUCAAACCAGUCUGACCAAUGUGGUGAAACCCCAUCUCUAAUAAAAAUACCAAAAUUAACUGGGCAUGCUGGCAUGUGCCUGUUAUCCCAGCUACUCAGGAGGCUCAGAUAGGAGAAUCACUUGAAGCCGGGAAAUGGAGGUUGCCAUGAGCCAAGGUCAUACAACUGCACUCUAGCCUGGGCAACAGAGUGGGACUCUGUCUUAAAAAAUAAACAAAUAAACACAAUCAGAAAUGUCAAAGAGGAUAUUACUACUGACCUCAUAAAAGUACAAAUAACCAUCAUAAAAUAUUAUGAACACCUCUAUGCACAUAGACUACAAAAUCUAGAAGAAACAGUUAAAUUCCUGGACACAUAGACCUUCCCAAGACUGAACCAGGAAGAAACCGAAUCCCUGAGCAAACCAAUAACAAGCUCUGAAAUUGAGUCAGUGAUGAAUAGCCUACCAACCAUAAAAAGCCCUCACCAGAUGGAUUCACAGCUAGAUUCUGCCAGCUGUACAAAGAAGAGCUGGUACCAUUCCUGCUGAAACGAUUCCAAAGAAAUUGAGGAGGAGGACUCCUCUCUAACUCAUUCUUUAAGGCCAGCAUCAUCCUGAUACCAAACCCUUGGAGAGACACAACAAAAAGAAGAAAACUUCAGGCCAGUAUCCUUGAUGAACAUUGAUGCAAAAAUCCUCAACAAAAUAUUGGCAGCAACUCAAAAAUUACCCACCACAGUCAAGUAGGCUUUAUCCCUGGGAUGCAAGGUUGGCUCAAUAUUAUUUAAGUCAAUAAAUGCAGUUGACAUAAACAGAACCAAAGACAAAAACCACAUGAUUAUCUCAAUGGGUGGAUAAAAGGCUUUCAGUAAAACUCAACACCCAUUCAUGUUAAAACUUUUGACAAAUUAGGUAUUGAAAGAACACACCUCAAAAUAAUAAGAGCAUCUAUGACAAACCCAGAGCCAACAUCAUACUGAAUGGGCAAAAGCUGGAAGCAAUCCCCUUGAAAACUGGUACAAGAAUGCCCUCUCCCACCACUUGAAUUCAACAUAGUAUUGGAAGUUCCGGCCAGGACAAUCAGGCAAAAGAAGGAAAUAAAGGACAUCCAGAUAGGAAGAGAGGAAGUCAAAUUAUCCCUGUUUGCAGAUGACGUGAUCCUAUGUGUAGAAAACCACAUAGUCUCUGACCAACAUCUCCUUAGGCUGAUUUAAAAAAAACUUCAGCAAAGUCUCAGGAUACAACAUCAAUGUGCAAAAUGACUAACAUUCCUAUACACCAACAACAGUCAAGCUGAGAGCCAAAUCAGAAAUGCAAUUCCAUUCACAACUGCCACAUGCAAAAAAUAAAAUGACUAGGGAUACAGCUAAUCGGGGAGGUGAAAGAUCUCUACAAGGAGAACUACAAAACACUGCCCAAAGAAAUCACAGAUGAUACAAAAAGAAAAACGUUCCAUGCUCAUUGAUAGGAACAAUCAAUAUAAUUAAAAUGGCCAUACUGUCUAAAGCAAUUUAUAGAUUAAUUGCUAUUUCUAUUAAAUUACCAUUGACAUUCUUUGCAGAACUGGAAAAAACUAGCAUGCAACAGUAGCCCCAGCUACUUGGGAGGCUGAGGAAGGAGAAUUGCUUGAACCUGGGAAGUGGAGGUUGCAGUGAGCCAAAAUGGUGCCACUGCACUCCAGCCUGGGUGACAGAGUGAGAUUCUGUCUACAAAAAGAAAAAGAAAAAACUAGAAAAAAACUUUUAUUUUAUUAUUAUUAUUAUUUGAGACAGAAUCUCGCUCUUUCCCCAGGUUGGAAUGCAGUGCUGUGAUUGGCUCACAGCAACCUCCAACUCCCUGGUUCAAGUGAUUCUCCUGCCCCAGCCUCCCGAGUAGCUGGGAUUACAGGUAUGCACCAUCAUGCCUAGCUAUUUUUUGUGUUUUUUUAGUAGAGAUGGGGUUUCACCAUGUUGGCCAGGAUGGUCUCAAUGUCCUGACGUUGUGAUCCACCCGACUCAGCCUCCCAAAGUGCUGGGAUUAUAGGCGUGAGCCACCACACCCGGGUGCAAACUAUUUUGAAAUUCAUACAGAACCAAAAAGCCCAAAUAGAUGAGGCAAUCCUAACCAAAAAGAACAAAACUGGAGGCAUCAAUUUACCAAUCUUCAAACUAUACUACAGGGCUACAGUAAUCAAAACAGCAUGGUACUGUUAGGAAAACAGAAACAUAGACCAAUAGAACAGAAUAGAAAGCCCAAAAAUAAGACCACAAACCUACAACUAUCUGAUCUUCAAUAAACUUGACAAAAACAAGCAAUGGGGAAAGGAUUCCCUAUUCAAUAAAUGGUAUUGGGAUAACUGGUUAGCCAUAAGCAGAAGAUUGAUACUGGACCACUUCCUUGCACCAUAUACAAAAAUUAACUCAAGAUUGAUUAAAAACUUAAAACCCAAAACCAUAAAAAUCUUAAAGACAACCUAGGUGACACCGUUCUGGACAUCAGAACGGGCAAAGAUUUAAUGACAAAGUUGCCAAAAGCAAUUGUGAUAAAAGCGAAAAUUGACAAAUAGGAUCUAAUAAAACUAAAGAGCUUCUGCACAGCCGAGGAUACUCUCAACAGAAUGAACAGACAACAGAAGGGGAGAAAAUUCUUGCAAAUUAUGCAUCUGACAAAGGUCUAAUAUCCAGCAUCUAUAAGACACAUAAAUUUACAAGAAAAAAAAUUAAAAAGUGGGCAAAGAACAUGAACAGACACUUUUUAAAAGAAGACACACAUGCAACCAAAAAUCAUAUGAAAAAAAGCUCAGCAUUGCUGAUCAUUAGAGAAAUGCAAAUCAAAACCACAAUGAGAUACGGUCUCACACCAGUCAGAAUAGCUAUUAUUAAAAAGUCAAAAAAUAACAGAUGCUGGUGAGUAUAUAGAGAAAAAGAAAUGCUUAUGCACUGUUGGUGAAAGUUUAAAUUAGUUCAGCCAUCGUGGAAAAACAAUGUGAUGAUUCCUUAAAGACCUAAAACAGAAAUAUCUUUUGAUCCAAUAAUCCCAUCACUGAGCAUACACCCAAAGCAAUAUUAACCAUUCUGUCAUAAAGACACACACACGUAUGUUCAUUGCAGCACUGUUCACAAUUGCAAAGACAUAGAAUCAACCUAAAUGCCCAUCAGUGGUAGACUGGAUAAAGAAAACUAGGAAUACUAUGCAGCCAUUAAAAAGAAUGAGAUCAUGUCCUUUGCAGGAACAUGGUCGGAGCUGGAGGCCAUUAUCCUUAGCAAACUAACACAGGAACAGAAAACCAAAUACCUCAUGUUGUUACUUAUAAGUGGGAGCUAAAUUAUGAGAACAUAUGGGCACAUAGAGGUGAACAACACACACUGGGGCCUAUCAGAGAGUAGAGUCUAGGAGGAGGAGAGGUUGAGGAAAAAUAACAAAUGGGUACUAGGCUUAGUACCUGGGUGAGGAAAUGAUCUGUACAACAAACCCCCAUGGCACAAUGGCUCAAACCUCUAAUCCCAGCACUUUGGGAGGCUGAGGCGGGCAGAUCACCUGAAGUCAGGAGUUCGAGACCAGCCUGGCCAACAUGGUGAAACCUUGUCUCUACUAAAAAUAUGAAAAUUAGCCAGGUGUAGGAGUGCACACCUGUAAUCCCAGCUACUCAGGAGGCUGAGGCAGGAGAAUUGCUUCAGGGGGGUGGAGGUUGCAGUGAGCUGAGAUGACACCAUUGCACUCCAGCCUGGGCAACAGAGCGAGACUCCAUCUCAAAACAACAGGAACAACAGCAAACCCAUGACACAGGUUUACCUGUAUAACAAACCUAUGCCCUUGAACUUGGAAGCUAAAUUUUUAAAAAUGUAAAUUAAAACAGCAGGAUAUUGUUAUUUUUACCUAUUAGAUUGGCAACAAGUAAAAGGGAUUACAAAAAUCUGGAUUUGGCAAGAUUUGUAGGAAAUGUAUAUUCACACACUGAUAAUGAGAAUAUAAAUUGGCAUAACUUUUUUGAAGGUCAAUUUGGUAAAACAUUCAUAUCUGUUAAAAUACCCUUUAAUUCAGACAUUCCGCUCUGAGGAGUUUUUUUGUACGGAUAUACCUACCCAGGCACGCCAGGAUGUAUGGCUGAAAAUAUUCAUUGUAGUAUGGUCUGGAAAAGAAAUUUUAAAAAUGAAAUGAAAAAAGUAAAAUAGGCUGGGCACGGUGGCUCACCCCUGCAAUCCCAGCACUUUUGGAGGCCAAGGCGGGCAGAUCAUAAUGUCAGGAGUUCGAGACCAUCCUGGCCAACAUAGUGAAUAUCUGUACUAAAAAUACAAAAAUUAGCUGGUCAUGGGGUCGCCCAGCUGUAAUCCCAGCUACUCAGGAGGCUGAGGUAGGAUAAUCACUUGAACCCAGGAAGUGGAGGUUGCACUGAGCUGAGAUUGCACCACUGCACUCCAACCUGGUGACAGAGUGAGUCUGUCUCAAAAAAACAUUAAAAUAUAAAAAUAAAAUUGGAUUUCUUGCUGGUCAUGGUGGCUCAUGCCUGUAAUCCCAGCACUUUGGGAGGCUGAGGCGGGUGGAUCAUCUGAGGUCAGAAGUUGGAGACCAGCCUGACCAAUAUGGUAAAACCCUGUCUUUAAAAAAGUAAAAAAUAAAAUAAAAUAAAAUUGGAUUUCUUGUUUUA